AUGUCACUCUAUGAGUCUUCUGCUUGGGAGGAAGAAGCUUCUGUUCUAGCAUAUGAACUGCUCCAAAAAGAUGGUCUACGAAUUUUAGAGCUCUUUUUAGCUUCCUAUUUAACUUAUUCUGUAGUCUACUUUUUGGUUGAAGCUGCAACCUAAGAAUUGCGAGGCUUAGAUAUUACAGUUAUUGAAUCAGGAAGUUUACUGAUUGUGACUGUACGGGAGGGAAUCAUACCGUUAGGUAAUUUUUUAGGAGCAGAAGAGAAAAAGGAAAUUUUAUUAGAUUCUUAGUCUUCGAUAUCUGAAACAGUUCUACUGCGAAUGCUUCUGAUUCUUUCAGAAAGAACUUAAGGGUAUCUGGUCUUUAAGAACGAUGAAGCUGAAAUACCACUGAGAGAAAUGAAAGCAAUAAUAAUGAGGGCUUGA